CUAUCGUAUACAUCUAGUGUGUUUAUUCACUCUCUAGGCGUUGACAGCGUCAUAGUUGCCGAUGGCCAUAGGGGAACCAGACUUUCCGUAUUCUUUUCUGAAUUGAGCGUUUACGGAAAAGAAUAAAAAAAGGCAUACGUGGCUAAACUGAGAAUUGAGACGGGCGUGUUACGAAAGUUCACUACGCCUGACCCCGAAGAAGAAACGUUAUUCGUCAAGCGAAGUCCCACGGAUCCUACGGCCGCCACCCCCCUGGCAUUUCGGAAGCAACGUUGGUAGUACUGUUCCCUCAUCUCCAGAUGGUUUGGUCUCCAGUGACUAAGUACUCGUAAUAGCAAGGGUGUAUUAAGCCGGCCUUCUCUUGUGAAAUGCGCUUUUAAAGCUCGAUUUUCAGACUGUGCUUUCGGGUCCAAGCAUUGUUUCGCGCUGAGACUCACAAAGAAAAAAGUUAUGACCGAGUACAAAUUAGUGGUAGUGGGUGCUGGUGGUGUUGGCAAGUCCGCACUCACCAUACAGCUCAUCCAAAACCACUUUGUAGAUGAAUAUGAUCCUACGAUAGAAGACUCUUAUAGAAAACAGGUUGUUAUUGAUGGAGAGACGUGUCUCUUGGAUAUUCUUGAUACUGCUGGUCAAGAGGAAUAUAGUGCCAUGAGAGAUCAGUAUAUGAGAACAGGAGAAGGCUUUCUUUUGGUCUUUGCUGUAAAUUCUGCAAAGAGUUUUGAGGAUAUCGGUACAUACAGAGAACAGAUAAAGAGGGUAAAGGAUGCCGAGGAAGUUCCAAUGGUCCUGGUGGGAAACAAAUGUGAUCUACAGCAAUCAUGGGCUGUUAAUAUGACACAAGCACGAGAGGUCGCGCGGCAGUACGGUGUACCUUUUGUAGAAACAUCUGCAAAAACUAGAAUGGGAGUAGACGAUGCCUUCUACACUUUGGUGCGAGAAAUUCGAAAGGAUAAGGAGCACAGAGGUAAGGAGAAACGGAGGAGACUGCGCGGUGCCAGUUCUGGUCGUAGGAGAUAUCGGUGUUGCCUGCUCUAAAAUUAAAUAACGAAACAAAUGGGUGCGUAAUAAACGCUAAAAAAGUCAAGUCUGAAGGAUUAAGAACCCCGAAAAGAAGAAAAGAUCGAACUCGUAUGUUAAUCAUAAAAGCAGGAGUGGAUAAAUGUCGCGUGAACAAGUGGACGCCGUUAUCAGAGUGUGAAUGACGACGCGACAGAAAAAGAGACGUGUUAGAGUGUAAAAAGUCUUAGGUUACAUUUCACCGCACACUUUGCAGCUUAACACCCUUCCGAAUAGCGCAUCUCGGAAACGCGAGAAUAAAGAGGAUUGGAGCCCGGGCGUUUCUAUUACUUUUGCCUUUGAAAUUUUCUUGUUUCUUUCCUUAACUAACCAAAAGGAAGAAAGAGAAAGAACGAGAAUAGAUUUCGGGUUCCACCUGCAAUUGUAUAAUAUUUACUACUAUUACUAUUACUAUUACUCUUAUGCCUACACACUGUUCAGAUGAAAAAUAUCUCGUGAACCUCGGACGUUUUUAUUCGUAGUAUUAAAAAAAAUGUCCCAGAUUAACUGGGACCUCGUGUUUAAUUCGUAGGGCGUAGGAAAUGUGCCUCGCCCGACGUCGAGCAAUGCAAAAAAAAACUACGAUUUUUCAAGUAGAUCCUUGUACGUAUAUCCACGUAUAUACCAUUAAUACACACACACACACACACAUAUAUAUACAUAUACACAGACGCAUAUGUGUAAACGCGCAAAUUUUUUCAUAAUUAUUGUAUUAUCUCGUCCAAUUGGAAAAUUAGAGAGAUGGAUACAAUAGGACAAUCGAGGGAAUGCUUGAGAGAACCAGAGAGUAUGAAAGUGUUAUUGAGUGAAAGUAUGCGCGAGAAAAUUCGGGGAGAAGUGGAAAAAAGUAACAUUGCAAAUAAGAGUGCUCAUGGCAAUUAAGUUUUCAUCGAUCCUUACCGAAGUCUUGCCUUAUAGCCGAUUGGUUCGGUAAUGCCAAGUGCAAAGAAUCGCAUAGUUAAGAUCGGAAGUGAAAUAGAGCAGGAAGUGAAGGUAUAUAGAGAAAAGCCUCCAUUUAUUAAAAAAGAUCGGCGCACAAUUUGUAUCGUCCGAUAAAUAUUGUUCAGUCGCUAAGUGACCUGUAUUUUCAUUUUUGUUAUCCAGUCGUACAGCACAAAAGAGUGAUAUUUCAAAAGCAAAAGUUUAUUUUUGAUUGUGCAUUAUUGUAUAUACAGGAGAUCCUAGGCAUUCGAUUUCGCUCGAUUACUUGCUCUCCUUUAUUCUUCGAUUUUAAUGUUAUUCUUUAUCUCGACUAACUCCUUGUCCUCGCGCGCGCCAAUUUUUAAUAAAAUUCUUUUUAGCUAGCCGAAUUUUCAUAAAAUAUGUGUAUAUAUAUAUACGCAUGCGAAUAAUCGUUAAGUCGAGUCGAAAAGCCGGGACCCGCUGUGGUACAGAGAGAAAUACACACUGAACACAUACUACACAAAACACAUUGAAGUAGACUGUUCACACGAUUGUAUCACGUGUGCGUUUUACAAGAGAAAAGAAAAAGAAAAGAAUAAUAAAAAUAGGAAGAAGCAGCGUGGCACGGAUUCGUGAGGCGAUUUUUCUUAUUAUUCUUUUUUAAAUUGUAUUUCCUAGGAUUUAAUCGAUCAUUAGACGUUCGUGCUGAAGGAUGCUACAUGAUAAGAGAUAACUGCGAUAUACAAUUGAGAUAUGAGUGUAUAGAUUAAAAAGAAAAAAUUUUAAGAAAUCGCAAUUAUUUCUUUGAAAUAAACAUUGUAAAAGCAUGCUUAAGUGCGGCCAUUUUGCCAUCUCGUGCCGUGAAUUUUUAGAUAAAAUAAUUAGAAGCCGCUCGGCUACGUUAUCGUGUCUCUUUUUAACUAUGAAUUUAAGUCGAGAUUCUAUUCGAAAAAUAUUGACGAAUAAUCUCGACCUGGAUUUAAUAUAACGCGCUGUAUAAAGAAUAAGUUGAUUUUAACCUUGUCAUAUGAUGGCGUUUAUGAUAAAUGAUGAGGGUGAAGAAAAAAAUACAAAAAGAAAAACAAAUUAUAAUGACACGAUUGUAACGAUUAAUCCGUAAGACAUCCCAAAAAAUAAAGAAACGUUUAUACAA